CAGGUACGGAAUUGUCUGGGAUCCUGUUGGACUCCAGGAAAAGAGUUUCUGAAGAUGUGUUCCGCCAGAUAUGAAUACGACGGACGCAAUGACAACCAUGAGCGGAUCGACUUCUUAACCAGCAAAGAGAAAACAUCAAAGGGGAAGGUUGGCAUCACGGUCGGGGUUCUUGUGGCGCUACUCAUCCUUGCGGCUGUUGCAGCGCUCCUCAUCUGGCUGUUUGUCUUUAAAGACGCUGAUUCAGAAGGCACCAUCAGUAAGAAGCUCAGCCCAUCAAUACAGGUGUACAGUGGCCAUAUGAAGCUGGCUAAUGUGCCAUAUAAUCAGAAGCUGGAGGACACCAACAGCAACGAUUUCAAGGAUUUGGCAGAGGACCUGCAGGCAACACUGGGGGACAUCUUCAAGACAGAUUCAUUCCUCGAAAAAUACUACAGCAAGUCUGUCAUCACUGCAUUCAGUGAGGGUGUGAUUGCCUACUAUUGGUCUCAGUUUGAUAUUCCAGUCGAUGACCUGGAUAUCUUGCCGGAGUUCUCCGAAGAGCGGGUGUUAGAGACAUUGGAGCAUGGCAUUAAGGAGCAGCGCAGCAUGAGGAGCAAGAAAAAUAUCAAGAUCAGCGAAGUCACUGCCUCAUCCACCGAUCCUCGCAUGGCCAGGGACCCCAGAGCCGUAGGGUGUUUCCAUCGUCUAGAGGCUAAAGAAACGGCGUCUGAAUUUUCAUCUCCCGGGUACCCAACUGGCUAUCCCCCAAAGUCCCGGUGCCAAUGGCAGAUCCGAGCAGCAGAGAACCACGUCAUUUCUCUCAGUUUUCCUUUCUUCCACAUUGAGGAUGACUGCUCUGAUGACUUUGUCUCCAUCUAUGAUUCUUUGAGUCCAGAUGAUUCUCAGGCCAUCACAGAGAAGUGUGGUCAGAGGCCCCCCUCCAAUCCUCUGGAAGUGAUGUCGUCUGGAAACAUCAUGCUCAUCAACAUGAUUACUGACACUGAUGUCCAGCGACCUGGCUUUCAGGCCAAGUAUAAAGCCAUCCCCAAAGGUCAAGUAAAAACCUGUGGUGGCGUCCUCACUAAUGGUACAGGAGUCAUCAGUUCCCCACUUCACCCCAGCUUCUAUCCCCCUGCCAUGGACUGCAAGUGGACUAUUAAGGUCCCUGCUGGCAAAAAGGUGCGGGUGAGGUUCACCAUGUUCCGCAUGAAAGAGCCUCAGGUGGAUAUCCGUGUGUGUCACAAAGACUAUGUGGAGGUUAUGGGCAUCAAGUAUUGUGGAGAGAUGUCCUCUUUGGCUUUGACUAGUCAGACCAACGUCCUAGAUGUGAUCUUCCACUCUGAUGAGUCCUACACUGACAAAGGCUUCAGAGCUGAAUACAGUGCCUACGAUCCCACAGACCCUUGUCCCAACAAGUUUGCCUGCAACUCCGGUAUCUGCAUCGGGAAAGAACUGAAAUGUGAUGGCUGGAAUGACUGCGGAGAUAUGAGCGACGAGAUGAAGUGCAAGUGUGAGAAGGACCAGUUUUCUUGUACAAAUGGCCUGUGCAAACCGAGAAUGUGGGUGUGUGAUCGUGUCAACGAUUGCGGAGACGGCAGCGAUGAGAAACUGUGCAGUUGUGAUGAGAACGAGUGGCGCUGUGGGAAUGGGGUUUGUCUGCCUCAGGAUGUUGUGUGUAACAAUAAGAAGGACUGUGAAGAUGGAAGUGAUGAAGCCUCUUGUAAAACCUCGCCGGGCAUCUGCUCUGACUUCAGCUUCAAGUGUAACAACGGUGACUGUGUCAACAAGGUGAACGCAGAAUGUGACCACGUCAACGACUGCUCUGACAAAUCAGAUGAGGCUACCUGUAAUUGUGGCACCAGGCCCUAUAAGCUGAACCGCAUCGUAGGAGGGCAGAAUGCUGACCUCGGAGAAUGGCCCUGGCAGGUCAGCCUUCACUUCCUGACAUAUGGGCAUGUUUGUGGUGCCUCAAUCCUCUCAGAAAAGUGGCUCCUUUCAGCGGCCCACUGCUUUGUCACCCACGACCAAGCGAACCAUAUUGCAAGCAACUGGCAAACCUACAGUGGCAUGCAGGACCAGUACAAGCAGGAAGAUGUACAACGCCUCCCAGUAAAGAAGAUCAUCAGCCACCCGGAUUACAACCGCAUGAACUUUGACUAUGACAUUGCACUACUGGAGCUCUCCCAGCCGCUAAAGUUCACUAACACCAUCCAACCCAUCUGCCUACCCUCUUCCUCUCACGUCUUCCCUGCAGGCAUGGUCUGCUGGGUCACUGGCUGGGGCACACUCCGAGAAGGAGGUCAAAAGGCACAGAUUCUGCAAAAAGCUUCACUGAAAAUCAUCAAUGACACAGUGUGUAACACGGUUAUGGAGGGCCAGGUCACCUCCAGGAUGCUCUGCAGCGGAUUUUUGGCAGGAGGAGUUGAUGCAUGCCAGGGAGACUCCGGUGGCCCCCUGGUGUGUUUUGAGGAGAGUGGGAAGUGGUUCCAGGCCGGCAUUGUGAGUUGGGGUGAGGGUUGUGCUCGUCGCAACAAGCCCGGUGUCUACUCCCGCGUCACCAAGUUCAGAGAGUGGAUCAAGAAGGAGACAGGUGUUUGAGGA